AAUCUCUACCUCACCUCCAUAAAAACCUCAAGACCCUACCACCUCCUUAUCUUCUUCGACGCCACCCAGCUCCACGACAAGUCGGAGCUCCAGCUCAAAACCCUCCACUUCGAAUUCUCUCUCCUCGCCCAAUCCUUCGCCACCAACAACCCUAACCCUAGCCCUAGCAACCCAAACCUCUUCUUCUGCGAUAUUGAGUUCAAAGAGUCUCAGCAGAGCUUCGCUCUCUUCGGCGUCAAUGCCCUCCCUCACAUCCACCUCGUUGCUCCGCACUAGUCCUCGAAGCAAUUGGAGUAGAUGGACCAAGGCGAUUUCUCACGACUCGCCGAGUUGAUGGCCGAUUUCAUCCAGGCCAAGACCAAGCUCAACGUCGGUCCAAUUCAUCGACCUCCGUUCCUCUCCACCAGGCAAUUGGGCUUCAUCGUGUUCACGACUUUGGUUUGGAUCCCCUUCGCGAUCAAGAUGAUCGUGAAAGGUGAGACCUUGCUUCACAAUCCCAAGCUCUGGCUCGCCAGCUCGGUUUUUGUUUACUUCUUCAGCUUUCUCUUUGGAUCUUGGUUUAGAGAAAGAGAUGGUGGGUUCUGGGUUCUACUGGGUUUGCUAGGAUCUGGGAUUUCUCUUCGGCUUUGA